GAAGAAGAAGACAAUUGAUUCAACACAAAACAAGUGAUAAAGAUAAUGUGCUUUCUCAGAAAGCUAAACUACUUUCAAGCUUUUCUCACGAACAAAAGUCAAGCCUCUCCCUCUUUUCUCAGAUCCUAAUUUGUCUGUAAUCCAAAUUCUUCGCAAUCUCGAUUGAAGAAUUUGUAUUGACGACAACAAGCUCUUUAUCCUUAUUCCUCUCUAUAUACUCCCACCGGUAGUAAAUAAAUUUGACCAAAGAAAUUUGAGUUUGGAAUUCCUCCGAUGGCAGAAGCAGCAGUGUCGAGUGCGCUACAAACCUUGGGCGUUUAUUUGUUGGAAGAAGCAAGGCUUUUAUAUGGUGUGAAAAACAAAAUGAGGGAGCUCGAGACGCAGCUCAAAGAGAUGAAGUGUUUCCUCGAAGAUGCUGACAGAAGGCGACAUGAAAGCAAAACCAUUUUCAAUUGGAUCUUGGAAAUCAAAGAUCUUGCGUACAGAGCGCAAGAUGCCAUUGAAAGACAUGAAGCUUAUCAAGUCAUGUCUUCAAGAGAAAGACGAGGCCUCAUACUGCAGGUCCUCCUCUGCAAUUGUAUCAGUGUUUUGCAAGAAUGGUACUCGAUCCACCUAUUAGGCUCGGAGAUUUCAACGAUCAAAUCCCGACUUGAAAGGAUAAACAAGGAAAUGGUAGACAAUGGCAUAAAGAAGAGCAUCAUCAACAAUACAGGUGGAGGGGAAAGCUCGUCCGCCAACAACAGGGCAAGGAUGACCUUCCCCGAAUUCGAGGUCGGAGACUGUUUUGUGGGGAUGAAGGAUGAGCUGCAGCAGCUUGGUAAUCUCCUAAGGCAAGACAACAAGGAGCGAGUUAUUUCAGUGUGGGGAAUGGGGGGUUUAGGCAAGACAACCAUUGCCAGAAAGCUCUACAACGAGACCAAGAUCAAUUUUAAUCGUUCCGCAUGGGUUUGCAUCACUCAGCAAUGUCAGCUUCGAUCAGUUUGGGAGGAUGUUCUCAAGCAACUGGAGCUUCAAAACAGGAACGAUGACAUAAGGGAAGACGUUGUUGCAAAGCUGAGCGAGUCGGAGUUGAACGAGCGACUAUGCAAGAUACAAAGAGAAAAGCGAUGUCUCAUUGUUUUCGACGAUCUAUGGGAAACUUCUCAUUGGGAUGAGCUGAAGCAUCCAUUCAUUGUCGAUGAUUUGAAGAGCAAAAUCUUGGUUACCACACGGCAACAAAAGGUUGCAGAGAAGGGAUUCGCAGUAAAACUUAGGUGUCUAAACAUGGAAGAUGCUUUGGAACUACUCAAGAGUAAAGCAUUUCCCCAAACCAUUCCAGAGUUUGCAUUGGAAGAAAACUUUAAGAAAAUUGGGAAAGAUAUGGUGCGAAAAUGUGGGUAUUUGCCGUUGGCAAUUUCUUUACUGGGCGGGGUUUUGAAAAUGAAAAAUUCGAUGAUGGAGUGGGAGUUAGUAAAUGAGGAUAUCAAAAAACACAUAUAUAGAGAUGAAAACGAGAUUGAUGGAGUGCUAAACUUAAGCUAUGAAAGUUUGCCCUAUUAUUUGAAGCCUUGUUUUCUCUAUAUGGGUUUAUUUCAAGAGGAUGAAUACAUAGCUAGUGAGGAUCUAUAUAGUAAAUGGAUAGCACAAGGCAUGAUUUCAUAUAAGAAUAUUCGAGACAAUGAGGAAACAUUAAUGGACAUCGCAGAGCUCUACUUGAGUGAGUUGGCCUCCAGGUCCAUCGUCCAAGUUCACAUUGAUAGUGGUAUAACAGCUAGAAAAUAUAGGAGCUGCGGACUUCAUGAUGUAGUAAGAGAACUAUGUUUGAAAUUGGGGAAAAGGGAAGAUUUUGGUGUGCUGAGUUUGGAGCAUCAAACUGGGAAACUUAGUACCUUACUACGGCAAGCUUCCUCCCAUAUGAAAAUACGACAUUUGGCUAUCCAUUUCAAAAGUGACGUCAAACUGGAACUUGACGAGCUUGGAGAAGAUAGUUGCAAACAUUUAAGGUCUCUUCAAAUGUCCAAUGGAAGAAAUGUUGUUGAGAUUCUCCAACAAAGUAUCGUUGAUUUUCAGAAAUUCAAAUUGCUGAGAGAUCUAGGUAUGGAUGGAUUCAAAUUUGAAGGAAGAAAGUUACCUAAAGGAAUCACUAAUCUUGUUCACCUUAGAAGUUUGAGUUUAGUGGAAUGUGAAUUUGAUAAGCUACCAUUGUCCAUAAGCAAUUUGGUAUACAUGGAUACACUUAAUUUAUAUUGUUCGAGGAAUGUUGAAGUUCCAAAUGUUUUCAAGGAGAUGCUACGUCUAAAGCACAUGCUUCUUCCCAUGUAUGAUGAGGAAAAUAUUGGAAGUUAUCGAUUAAUAUUGGAUGAGGGGGUAGAUGAGUUGGAGAGUCUAGUGGCGUUGGAUAGUAGAGUGCAUGAAUUAAAAUGUAUGGGCAGAAUGAAGAAUCUCCGACGUUUUGAAGUAUUCAUACACGACAAUGAAAGCUUGUCAGCCAUCAUCGACGCCAUUGCUAUCAUGGACAAGUUAGUGCAUUGUACGGUUGAUAUCAAAGAGGGUUGCGAGUUAGGAAGAAAUGAGGGAGUGUUGAACAAGGCAUUCACAUGUCCCAAUCUUUAUACAUUGAGGAUUCACGUUAAGUUAGGGAAGGCGCUGGCAGAGUGCGGGAGUGACUUCAUCAGUUCAAAACUUACAACUUUGUUCCUGUCAGAAUGUGAGAUUGAGGAUGAUCCAAUGGGGAUACUGGGGAACCUUCCUUGCUUGAGAGAAUUGUAUUUAGACAUUGAAUCAUUUGUGGGGGAGGAGAUGACGUGUCCAUCAAACAGUUUUCCUCGCCUCAAGAAGCUUAUUUUAGAUGAAUUACCAAAGUUGAGGGAGUGGAGAGUGGAGGCAGGAGCCAUGCCCCUUCUCUCUGAAUUGGAGAUCUAUGAUUGUUCCAGUCUGAAGAUGCUUCCAGAUGGUUUGAGUGGCAUUUCUACUGUUCGGGAACUGCAUAUCUAUGGAAUGGCGGAAAUGGGGAAGAGGGUAUCGGCAUCAGGAGAGGAUUUCCACAAAUUCAACCAUAUCCCUAAAAUUAUCAUCCGUAACUAGUCUCCUCCCAGGGGUGUAAUCGAAUCAAGACGAACUAAGACGAUGUCGAGAAUCCGGCUCAACUACAUGUGGGCGCUGGGGUACAACAUUCUUGGUGUGCCGGUUGCAGCAGGGAUUCUGUACCCUUUGAUCGGCAUACGUCAUGGAGGCUUCUUCGGUGAGCGUUGUCUGUUCCUCGCUCUUGCUGCAGUACUAUAACAAGCCUCUGCGUGCUAACGUUGCUUGAGACGACUCAUCUUCGAGAUGGCCUAAUGGUAGAAUGGCCGAUCUCACAUAUUGAUCUGUUUUUUCGCAUUCCUCAAUAUAUAAUAGUUGUGAAAUCUCACAUUUUGAUCUGUUUGAUUUAUUGGUAAAUGUAGAUCUGAAAUUGAUGGAGAUAUAGUCGUUGUGUAAUGAUUAGCAUUUUCGUAUGAUUAUGAUAUGAAUUGUGAACAUGAGACAACAUCUUUGGUAUACACGAAGUCGUUGUUUAUACGU